AGUAUUUGGUUGAGUCCACCGCCCAAAAGUUAAUAUGAAACCGAUACUACUGUUGUAACUCGUAAAUCCCGACUUCCGAUCAGGAAAACCUAAAAGAAAACGCUCCCACAACUCGUAAGUCCUACUCCAGAACUCGUCCUUCUCCUCAACUCCGAGUUCAGCGCGUGACGUCAAACAACAUGGCUGCGUGUACAGUAAACACUGCAGCGCCUCUUACCUUUAAAUGGGUUAUACUGUAUAUACACAAGCUUAGCUUUAGAUCAGUCAGACACAUUCACUUGUUAAGUAACACUGACUCUACAUGAAAGUAAAUAGACAUGACUGUGCACUGGGGCUGUGGAUUCAAUUUAAAAAAAGUUGUUUGCUUUAUUCAUUUGUAAAGUGCAUGUGAUGACUGACUGUUACUGGCACCGAAAUCAUAUUAAAAGGGACGUUUUAAUUAAAAUGAAUCUUCUAGAAAGCUAAUUAACAUUUCAGUUAUCAAAGUAUCACGCAGUAUUUAGCGAUAGCAAACCUUAACCCGCUGAGUUAUUUCUAGCUCUUACUUUUCCCACUAUGAGCGCGGCCAUGUUGAAGUGACGUCACGGAAUCGCAACUCUGAGUUGGAGAGCCGUUCAAACGGAUCGUUCGCACUGACAAGUCGGAAACUCCGCAGUUCCCACUCCGUCGUGAAAGCAGCAUAUGACUGCUGCAAGUGCUUGAACGCGAGGCGAGGCAGUGUUACCACCGCGUGGAGGCAUGGAGCCCUACGUCACCGCUGUGGCUCCGCCCCUCAUGUCCCUGCGCUGUGUAGCGGCCCGACGAGAACUGAUUUCCUUUCUCUAGCCUGUCCUCGAAACUUUACACUUUGAGUUACACGAGACGCUUUUGACGCCCGCGAUGGCUUCCGCGACUUCCGACACGUCCGAACAAGACUCCCCGAACCCUAGUGAGGAGCAAAACGGCACGGCUAACCCCGAGGGCCUGCGCGCUCCGGAUCAGGAACCGGCUGAGAGCGAGUGUGUUAAGAUGGACGAGAAUGGCGAGCUCGAGGAGGAGAAGCGCACGGCUUCCGACGAGUCCGAGGAAACCCCAUCCAACGACGAAGGACUGAGCAGAGACGGUCAGGAGGAGAAGGAAAUGGACACGGAGACGGACAUGCUGGGGCAGAAACGUGUCGGUAACGCGGAGGGCUCGGCAGACGUGACGGCGGAGCUGGGGCAAGAACAAAGGGAGGAGGAGAACGUGUCCUCGCCGCUCCACUGCGCCGUGAGGAAGGGUGAAGACAAAACGGGCACCGAACUCAAGCGCAGGGCCAGCGUGGAGAUCUCCUCAUCCGACGGAGAGCCGCUCAGUCGCAUCGACUCCGAGGACAGUAUCAGCAGCACCCUUAUGGACAUGGAGAGCACUGCGUCCAGUGGACGCUCCACACCAGCGAUGAUGAACGGCCAUGGAGGAGCAGCUUCAGCAUCUACCAAAGGUUCAUCAUAUCCCUGCUGUUGGGAUCAGUGCCCUCUGCUCUUCACCAGCAGCCCGGACCUGGCCGAACACAUACGCUCAGUCCACGUUGAUGGUCAGCGUGGAGGGGUGUUUGUGUGUCUGUGGAAGGGCUGUAAAGUGUACAACACACCGUCCACUAGCCAGAGCUGGCUCCAGAGACACAUGCUUUCCCACAGUGGUGAUAAACCUUUCAAGUGUGUAGUGGGUGGUUGCAAUGCCACCUUUGCCUCUCAGGGAGGACUAGCGCGUCACGUACCCACCCACUUCAGCUCACAGAAUUCAUCCAAGCUGUCCAGCCAAGCCAAGCUUAAAGAAGAGUCGCCUUCCAAAGCAGGCAUCAGCAAACGCAGAAAGCUGAAGAACAAAUGCAGGAGGUCAUUGCCUCGGCCACACGACUUCUUUGACGCACAAACGAUGGAUGCCAUCCGUCAUCGUGCCAUCUGUCUCAAUCUGGCAACCCACAUUGAGAGCCAGGGCAAGGGCCACAGUGUGGUGUUUCACAGCACGGUCAUUGCAAGACGGAAGGAGGAUUCAGGGAAGGUGAAGGUGCUGCUCCACUGGACUCCAGAGGACAUACUGCCAGACUCGUGGGUGAGCGAGAGUGACCGACCACAAAUGAAGACCAAAGUGGUACAUCUCUCACAGCUGCCUCAGGAUACAGCCGUGCUACUGGACCCGAAUAUCUACAGGAUGUUUUUCUAAGAGAUGGGGAGGAUCAUUGCCUGCUGAUGUUUCCAAGCUCAAAUGGACUUGUGGCUCUGUGGAGGCAGGAGUUCAAAUUCUUAUUACCUUUUUUUUUUUGUUGUUUUGUUUUAAUGCCCAAAAUUUUAAACGUGUUUUCAAUCUAUGAAGAGGAAGAAAUUGCACAAUAUCGAACUCUGAAUGGUGCUAGACUUUGAAAUGCUUCAUUUUAUUUCUUAAUACCACUAUAAAGUUAAAAUUGAAUUGCUCUCCCUUUUUGUCCACAGCUUUUCCUCACUAGCUUUAUAGAAAUCCUAUAGAUGUAUUUGUUGAGAAAGUGCCCAUGUAAAUAUGCCUGGAGAUUUGUAAUAUAUUUUUGUACUUGAAGAAUUUUACUGUACUGUAGAUACCUGUAAUAUUCCACAAACGUCAGGAAAUAUUACUGCACAGAGAGAUAGAACGGGAUAGUUAUUUAGCUUGGAACUAUGUGAAUGUUCCAACACGUUUUUAGUCAAAGACUAGAUGUAGUGACCCCUUUUUUCACUGCGAUGUUUGUCGAGUACUGCUACAGUGUGCUUUAUAAUAGAUGAGAAUGAUGUUAAUGUUAACGUGUGCGCUCUUUGAUAGUGACCUUACUCUAGUUAUAUAUGAGCCAAGGACCCUAAAGACAUCUCAAAGAAAUGGUGCUACAGUAAACACUAGCAUUUUAGACUUGUAUAGAAAAGUUUUUUUGAUCGAGAAUGGUUGUGCUCUGUAGUCUGUGGAGUAACUCAAGCCAAUGUACUGCUGGAUCCUAACUCUGUCUUUGUAGUAAAAACAGAAAACAAUGCAAGACCAUUGCGUCUGUCUUUACUUGUGUGUUCCUCUUCACACAUCCGCACAACAGUCACCCGCUUGCAAGCAUGUGUAAAGCAUAAACUGUAUAAAGCACAAUUCAGGGCACACACACCCACGCUCUAGUCUAGAACAUUGAUGAAUCAUGAGUUAAUUUAAACUAGGUGCUGUUUAAAACUAACAUUAUUCAGUAGCCUUAGUCUUAGUUGUCUUAAACAUUCCUCUUCUCAAACAGAUUCAUAGGUACGCAUGUUUAAAUCAGUAUUUGCUAAAAUAUUGCUGUGCGAUGAUUAUCGAAUGAGAGCUCAUGUUAAUCCUAGUGACAGAAAUUAGGCAUGGGAGGAACAAUAAUAGGUGUGUGUGUGUGUGUGUGUGUGUGUGUGUGUGUGUGUGUGUGUGUGAUCUUUUUGUUUUUUUGUUUUUUUAAAAAAAUGUUUUCUACUAUAGUUCUGAAAACUACAGACUUCCCUUAACUGAAACUGGUGUAUAUCCCAAUCACAAAGGAGUCAUUGUGGUCUGGAAAAACUGGUUGAUCCAUUUAGCUAUUUUUAGAUGGAUGGUUUGUGUGCACUUGUCCACUAAGAGAGAGGAGUCACUACAAGUCAAUGCAGAGUUCUUCUGACUGAUCACCAUCUUGAUGGGAGUGGUCUCUUCCAGGAUGAAUCCACAGGGUACCAGGGUUCACUUUGAAUGGUUUGAUGAGGAUGAACUUGAUGUAAACUACAGCCUACGGCUUUCACAAUCCUCAGAUCUCGACCCUGCUGAACAUCUAUGGGUGAUUUUGGAGCGCAAUAUACUAGCUUUUUGAGCCUACAUGGUGUUCAUCCUUCCAGAGACCUGUACUAGGUUCCAGAGACUUAUAGAAUCAAUGCCAAGAAUGCAAACACACUUAAUAUUGACUGUAACAACAGUAAACUGCAUUAUCCUGGUCAGAAUGGGGUACAUUUAGAGUAGAUGUGGGAUGAAACCCACUCGGACUUGAGACCAUGCUAAAGUGUGCAGAGCUCAAAUCUGAGUUUACGACGCACACGUAUGUUUCAAUUACGAAUAAGCAGAAAUGACUGAAAGACCAGUUGGACCUGCCAGCAGUGACACCAACACACCAUUAGGGGGCAGUAAAGCAUUACUGUUCACCCAGCAGUGACCUCAGUAGAACUAUGGAAAGAUUCAAAUCAAUUAAUGUAUACACGUAUAUAACUUAAUGUGUUAACUUGUAAAGCAUUUAUGGGGCAUAAAUAAAUAUUUAAAAUAAAGUGUUAAUAUGGAAUCAGUAUGUAAUCUUGGACAUGUGCCUUUUUUAAUAGCACGUCACUUUUAAAAUAAAAUAAAAGUCAAAGUCACAAAACAUGACGCAGUUAGUGAACAUACAUAUCUGUGUAAACUUUUAGGAAUGGUUAUUCCUUAUUGUAUGUUUUGAUAAGAUGUUAAACAUCUCAGUAAUUGGCCAAAGUUAUACAUUUAAUAUUAUAGUAAACCCUAGGUGAGUAGUCUGUCCAUCAGCCUACAUGCCAGCUGAAGAAAAAGAGGAUGAAACUACUUUAUCUCCAACAAGUUAGAUCAGGUUACUUUUUAAUGAUAGUGUAAUCAGACAUCACUGCAAUCUAUACAGUUACCCACAUUGCAAUGCAUUUGUAACUACAUGGCCAUUUUGAUUCCCUAGUGAAAUACUUAAUGGGUUAGUCCUGUCAUACAGAUAGGCCAUCUUACCUGAAAUUCAAAAUAAUUGUUGUUCAUUUCUUUAAACAUUCUUUCCAAUCUGACCUUUGGAAAGACACAACAUGAAAUACUUCAUACAACUAUGUCCUUUAUACAACUCAUUCACCCCAGGCAAAAUUUACCUGUACAGCAUGUGCUUUAGCAGCAAGUUGAAUGUUUGUCAAUAUUGUUGAGAAUUUCUUUUUAUUAAAAUUGUCUAAUUCAGUUGUACAUCUCAUUUCAAAGUUUGAUUAAUCUACCACAUCUCUUUAAUAUUUAAUAUGUAAUAUAAUAUUUUAUAUAUCAAGAGGGGGGGGGGAACAAUAUUGGAAGAGCAGGCAGUCGAACAGAUACAUGGAGACAAAGAGAUCAAUACUAAAACAUUCCUCUGAUUUAGCAAAACUUCAUGCUAAAUACAAUGUAAAAAUUUAAUUCUUAUCAGUGUUUGUAAAGACUGUUUUGUACUUAUUUGAAUGAAUGAAUAAUUUCUG